AUGACUACGUCUGAAAAGCUAAGUUUUUGGUAUUGUGAUAAUUGCAAUCGUACACUUAAUCAUGGUGAAUUUCGUUACAAUUGCACAAUCUGUGAUGACUAUGACUAUUGUGAAAGAUGUGCAAAGACAGUUGAUCCACCACAUCCUCACCCAAUGAUUCCUGAACUUGCAUAUGGGCGUGCGGAAAAAAAGAAAUGUCGCAUAAAAGACAUGGCGACUACUAUUCAAGCUGCGAUUGACAAAUAUUGGGAUCGUCAUUGCAUGGGUACACGGGAUGUUGAUAAAGAGAAUUCUUCCAUCUACAUGGACUCAUACUCGUGGCUUACAUUUAAGAUCAUUGGUGAUCGAGCAAAUAACUUUGGGCAUGGAUUACGACGUUUAAUUGAGCCACGUGGUUAUCUUGGUAUAUGUGCAGGAAACAGGCCUGAAUGGAUGAUUACCGAUUUUGCAUGCACUUUCCAAAGUAUUAUUAGCGUACCAAUAUAUACUCAGUUUAAUGCAAGUGAAAUAGCGUAUGUUAUCAGUAAUACAAAAGUAUCAUUAAUCGUUUGUGACAAGCAACUACUACCAAUAUUUAUCAAUCUACAGUCACAAUGUCCAUCAUUGCGACAUAUUGUCUGCAUGGAUCCUAUUCCCAGCACAAUAUCAAUAGUUACAAAAGAAAAUGGAAUCUCAAUUCACUAUAUGAAAGAUAUUGAGAAAGAUGGUUCCACAAACCAAUACGACUGUGUCAAGACCCAACCUGCAGAUUGCUUCACUAUUUUAUAUACUAGUGGAAGCUCUGGUUUUCCUAAAGGUACUAUGGUCUCUGAAAAUGCUUUUCGAGCUGCGUUUCCACAACGGUUUCCAUUAUCAUCAUCGGCAGCAGAUUACAUUUAUUUCUCCUAUCGGCCAUUGGCAUGGGCAGCUGAUCGGGAUGCGAUAAUCAUCACUUUUCUCCAUGGAGGUCGAACUGGAUUUUUCACCGGAGAUCCUUCUCGACUGAUGGAAGAGAUUGCUAUCGUUAGGCCCUCAGAUUUUGCAGCAGCUCCAAGUUUCUGGAACAAAAUAUAUACUGAAUUUAAAACUUCUCUUGCAUUGAUAACUGCUCACUGUCCAUCUGAAAUCAUAGCAGAUGAAGAACAACGUCUUCUACAACAAUUCUCAAAACUUAUUCCUAAUCGAUGUAAAUUAAUCACUGUCGGAGGGGCAAUGGUCAGUCCAGUAUUACUAAACUUUAUGAAACGAUGUUUUAAACAUUGUUCAGUCAUUGAAUCAUAUGGAAUUACUGAAUGUGGGAGCGUCACAUACAAUAAUCUUGCUGAAGAUACACUUCAGUAUCGUCUUGAAUCUGUUCCAGAAAUGGGUUAUUCACUCGAAGAUAAACCAUUUCCUCGUGGAGAACUUUUAACAAAGACUGCACAAAUGUUUUCGGGAUAUAUCAAUAAUCCAGAAGAAACNAAUAUUCAAUCAAAUGUCUUUGGAAAUAUUUAUCAUGUAAUCAAUCGAAAUAAUGAAAUAAAAUUUGUUGAUAUAAUUGAUGGUAUGCAUAAUGAUGGUAUUGAAUUGGAAAGCAUUUCGUAUGAUGAAUGGAAAAUGAAAAUGAAGACAAUCAAUAAUCAAAAUAAUCCUCUUGAAUUUGUAGCAGAAUUCUUCUCCAAUGAUAAUUUUAGUGAAAGAAGUAUUGUGUCAGCUGAUCGGUUUUACAAUGCUGUUUCUGCAUUAGAUUUUCCAUCGUUCGAUAAAGAUUAUAUUUCUAAGUGGUUAAAGUUUAUAAUGCAUAAUAUUGUUCACAAAUAG